AUGUUAGUAAAUGUAACGUCUUCGCAAUUUAUAAACAGGCAUCAACCGACGAGUUUGAAUAAGGUUACUACCACAGAAAGCUGUUCGAGUUCACCUCUAUUUACAGAGAAGUCGACCAUUACGUGUUCCAUUGGGACUGAAAGCACAAUUACGACGAAAUAUCGUAACAGUCUGACGAAUUCAUGUCACGGCCUGUCAUACGCUGAAUACUGUGCGCCUUCUUCGCAUAAUUACACAUCUAUUCCAAGGUCUUUAACGGCAAGUGCAUCUUCAUCUUCGUCUGUAAAGAGUAAUAUUACUACUGACGUAUGGUUGACAAGUACAUCAAAGGCUUUGUAUUUAACACCAACACCAACACCAACCAUGCAGCCAUCGACAACUGAACUAACAACACCGCCAUCCACAAAAUUUGCAUCAACCAUUACCACAUUUGAAUCAUACACCAUGUUCACCAGUAAAAAAUCUAUUUAUGUCGUCUAUGAACAAGAAUAUGAAAUUACGGAAUCAACAACAAGCUUUAGUACACACUUCCCCCAAACAACAAGGCUUAAAGAGACAAAUGCCCCACUAACUUUUACUAUUCCAUGCAGUACCAUCACUGGAGAUGCUAAGCUUUACCGCCAAUUGUUGCCAGGAGCGUUGGAUACACAAAACGCUUCAGACAAGGAUAACAACAAUACGGGUGUCAUAGUUGGCUCCACAGUUGGGAUUAUCAUUGGAGUGGUAAUAGUAAUUUUUAUCGGGUUUGUAGUUAUCAGAAAUAAGAGAAACGUUAAAACUCGUAGCAAAAAUGGCUUCAGUCAUGAUAUUGGCAAAAGGGUAGGCCAUGAUGAGGUGAUGAAGGGAGAACCAAUGUUAAACCCGUUUCGAAAUGAAUUUGAUUUCAAAGCAAGAGCCACUAGCGAAAGUACACAAGAUUUGUUUGGGGAUGGUAGAGAGAUACGAAGAAGCGAUUACUUAGAAAGCGCAUAUGCAGCGCAUCCUUAUUAUGGUAUGGAAGAUCAUGAUACUAGAAGGCUCUCCUAUCUGUCAUCACUUAAUGAGUCUACAGGGUCAUCGAUUGGGGAAACAAGUUCCAACGCGUCCACUAUAACUCGGCCAAAUAUUGAUCAGACGAAUAGUUUUCUGAGAGAGAUUAUAUAA